AUGAGUAGCGACAGUUCAGACUCAGAAAAAAGGUUACUUGCAUAUAAAGUUAUUGUUGUUGGUGAUGGCGCUGUUGGUAAGACAUCGCUUAUCCGCCGUUACUGCGUAGCGGACUAUGGCUCCAAUUACAAACAAACUAUCGGUCUUGAUUUCUACUCAAAAGAAGUUCUACUUCCAGGAAAGCAAGACGUGAAAAUGGAAAUAUGGGACAUUGGAGGACAACAAAUUGGUGGUACAAUGAUUGACAACUACAUCAUGGGGGCCCACGCCAUUUUCUUUGUGUACGACGUAACAAACAAGGAUUCCUUUAAGAAUAUAGAAGAUUGGCAUAGUUGUGUGCGCGACUCUUUGGCUAAGCAUGCAAGGGAGACAGCGGAAGAAGGUGCAGCUGCGGUGGAACCACUCAUUGUGUUAGUAGGCAACAAGGCAGAUCUCCCUAAUCGUCAAGUGUCGGAUGCGGAUCACAUGAAGAUGGCGGAGAUGCAUCGGAUGGAGUCAUGUGUCGUGUCCGCCUGCUCAGGGGAGCGCGUCAAUGCGCUCUUCACGCAGUUGGCAGCGACUCUAAGCGGCGUGCGCCUUCCUGAAGAUGCGCUAAAUUUGGAAGAGCGCGUCGUUGCUAAUUUGCAGUUACUGCCCGAGGACUGUGUGGGGCCAGGGGUUUCUGGACCGGGUGGAGGAAAGGAAUGUGGAAAAAAAAAGAAGGGUAAAUGCGCAGUGAUGUAG